CCAAGGUGAAGUGCACCGCCUGAUCCUUCGCUGCCCGCUGCUGGAGCCUCUUUACUCCACUUUCCAUUUCAGCAAUGCUUUCUCUCUUCAAAUCCCUCAUCCAUCCAAAUCUCUCCUCACCAUCCUUCUUCUUCUUCUUCUUCUUCCCUGCUUUCAGUCCAUCCAUGGCUACUCCUGACUGGGCCUCGCUCAUUCCAGACCUCCUCCUCCGCAUUUCUCAGAAUCUCCUUCCAUGCAGCUUUGAUUACAUCAAUUUCCGCUCCACCUGCUCCGGCUGGCGCUCCGCCGCACCCCACGUCAAGUUUGCUCCGUUUCUUCUGUUCCCCUUCGACUCCGAGGCAGGCGGUUUCUCUUUCUACAGCCCCUCGGAUGACAGGGUCUACUUCAAGCCCUUUCCAGAGGCCAGCUCCACCGUCUUCUGUGGCUCGUCCCACGGGUGGUUGGUCCUCAUGGACGAGCUCGCUUCCAUUUCUCUCCUGAAUCCAUUUACUCGUGCGCGAGUCCAGCUUCCACCUGCCGACGAGCAGCUCGCCUUGUCCUCGCUCAAGCACGUCUCAAAGGUCGGCAAUCGCUGGUUCUCUCGGUCGGAGGAUGGCACCGUCACCCUCCUCACGCUGACUGAUAUGCACCAAGUUUUCAUCAAACAAGUCAUUCUUUCGUCAGCUCCGAAUUCGGGAGAUGGUUUUAUCGCCGUGGCGGCCCUUGCGCUGUCCACCCAAGUAGCCUUCUGCAGGAGAGGAGACCAGCGGUGGACUUUGCUCGAGACCACCCUGUCCUGCGACAUCAAGUCCAUCGCAUUCCACAACGGACGCUUGUUUGCCAUGGACUACGUCGGCAAAAUUGCUGUUCUCGAAGUGGACUAUUCCGCAGGGAUGAUCCCAAUUGCAUCGCUCCAGACGCCACCCUGCCUUUUUAACUGCAAGCUUGUGGAGUCGAAAGGGGAUCUCCUGCUGGUUGGCCUUGCAAUCCACCGUGUGGAUGAAGAGAAUCUCUAUCUCGAGAGGGACUCCGAGAUAUAUAAGUUUAAUCCAGGAGUAGAGCCGGUAUGGUCGAGGGUGGAAAGCAUCGGUGACGAGACCUUGUUUUUGUCGCUCUAUUUCAACUCGAAUGUUGCUGGCAGUAGGCUUUCCAGGUGCAAGGGUAACUCUAUUUACUACAGUGGGCCUAUUUUUGUGGUCGAUGAACCUACGGAACCUGGGGUUCACCAUAUGGAGGUGGUGGACUUGGCUAAUGGCAGCUCAGAGAUGGUGCCAUGUCAUAGGCCCUCGCAAAACUCUGAAUUUGUUUCAUGGUUCCAGCCCAAUCUAUACUUGGCAGAAGUUUGAUUUGGGUGACAUCCAAGCGUGGGCAGAGUCAUAUAUCCAAGUUUGGUUUCCUGGUUCUAAUUGCUUUUAUGUCAAACCUCUUGAGGAAUCCGUGGUUUCUCCCCACGAGCAUGGGUUAAAAACUGCCUGCCUGUCCCCCGUGACAUGAGUAGGGAUUCAACCUUAUCAUAAUGCAAUACAAUGAACUCAGAGACAGUGCCUGUUUAUGGAUUGUCAUGGCUGAAGCAAACCAAUAAAAACAGGAUGAAAGAGCUUUGAAAAUGAUACGCAUCUCUUUGAAAUGCCCCCCCCAAAAAAAAGAAAAAAUCUUGGAACCCGUUCAAAAUCUGUGGCAUAUCCACAAAUGAUACAUUAUAGAUUACAAUACCAAGAGUAAACAGAUGAUUAAAAAAAAAAA